CCGCGGGUUGAAUCAGGCUCCGGCACUCCUCAUGGAUGGAGACAUCAGGCGAGCAGCAGCAUGCUCUCCCUCACUGACAGCCAGCAAAACCAACAAUGGAGAAAAUACUUGGAGCUGAACUGAAAUGCGCCACGCAGGUAGCAGCGUGUUGGUAGCGUGGUCGUCCCGCAAUGAGCCGCCGACCUCCGGACCGGCGUGGGGCUGGACCGGCCAUGAGGGUAGCCUGGAUCCUGACUGUGAGCGUCCUCAUCACCGCUCAGACCGCCGGAGGAUCACCGCUGGUCCUGGAGCCGGAGGUUUUUCUGGAAAAGUAUGGCUACCUCCACCCAGACAACCACAUCCACAGUACAGCAGAGAUGCAGUCAGCUAUCUGCGACUUCCAGUGGUUGUCCCGACUUCCCGUCACAGGUGAGCUGGACGAUGCCACCCUGAGACAGAUGUCGGAGCCUCGCUGUGGGGUGUCGGAUGAGGGCAGCCAGCAGAUCUGGGCUCAGAGGGUAAACGCCAUCUUCACAGGAAAGGGGCGAGCACAGCGACGCAGGAGGCGUUCUGCAGGGCAAGUCGAGAAGUGGUACAAACGUCACCUGACCUACCAGAUAGUGAACUGGCCCCGCCACCUGUCUCUGGGCUCCGUGCGGCUGGCGGUGCGCGCUGCCUUCCAGCUGUGGAGCAACGUGUCUGGCCUGGUGUUCCAAGAGAGCCCUGAAGGUCCCGCAGACAUCCGGCUGGCCUUUUAUGAGGGAGACCACAACGACGGAGCGAGCAACGCGUUCGACGGGCCAGGAGGAACUCUGGCUCACGCCUUCCUGCCUCGCCGGGGGGAGGCCCACUUUGACCGGGCGGAGAGGUGGACGCUGAACGGACACAAGGGACACAACCUGUUCAUGGUGACCGCCCACGAGAUCGGACACACUCUGGGACUGGAGCACUCGCCUGUUCGUCACGCCCUGAUGUCGCCGUACUACAGGAAGCUGGGGCGCAGUCUGGUCCUGAGCUGGGACGACAUCAUCGCCGUGCAGCAGCUCUACGGUAAACCGUCAGGUGAUCGCCCUGUGAGGCUGCCAGGCCAGGUUUUGCACGCCGCGCUGCAGGAGUGGGAGUUCACAGAGCUUCACAGCGGGCAUCAGAGCACAGGGCAGCCACUUUACUGCCAGGGCGUCUUUGAUGCCAUCACUAUAGACCAGAAUGAGACAGUGCUGGUGUUUCGGGGCAGCAUCUACUGGACGGUGUCGUCCGAAGGCGUCGUGAGCGGCCCGCUGCCUCUCCGUCAGCGCUGGCCCGACCUCCCCGCUGCCAUCGAGGCUGCUGCCUUCUCCCCGCUGGACUCCAAGUGGUAUUUUUUCAAAGGGAAGCGGAUGUGGCGCUACACUGGCUCUGUGCUGGACCCGGGCUUCCCUCGGCAGAACAUUGAGCUGGGGCUUCCUCGCCACCCAGACUGUGCCUUCUACUACGCUCCUCUGGGUCACAUGGUCGUCUUCAAGGGCUCCCGCUACUCUGUGCUCAACCUCAGAGCCCUGCACCAAGAGCCCUACUACCCCCGCAGGCUGACAGACUGGACUGGUGUGCCACAGGGGACCAAUGGGGCGUUGACCCGCCCAGACGGUCGCCUCUACCUGUUCAGAGAACAGCGCUUCUGGAGAUUUGACCCGGUCAAGGUGCGAGUCACCAGAGAGGGCCAGUGGGCCAAGGACCUGAGCUGGACUGGGUGCAGUGGUGCACCUCAGAGCAAUAACAUCCUCUGACCAGCAGAGGGAGCCAUCAGCUUUGGAUAAAGUGCAAUUUGUUGGCGUUUCCUGAAACGAAGAGGUGCUAUAAUGUUUUCAGCCUGAACAAAUAUAGAGUUUAAAUGUUGCAAAAGGAGGCUAGCUCAGCAAACUGAAGAGACUGAAGAAAAGAAAAACCCACUUUAUACAUUUUGGAGCACAUUUAGUAUUUAUAAUGCAGAGCAAUGGAUAUUACCGCGUAUGGAUGUGCAAUUGUAGCCUCAUUAAUACAGUUUAGAUGAUGAUAGAGCUGUGUGAACUCUUUUGUACGCAGACCAAAAACAGUCUUUAAGUUGGAACCAUGCUUUUAAACCCAUCAUCUUUUCUCUUGUUGUAUUUGCACAGACAGAAAAACCAAAAUGUGUUUUUAUCUUUUCUGUAAUGUCACUAACACGUGUAACAUAUGUAUAAAUAACUAAUACCUAC